AUGAGGAGUGAUGUUGGCAGAGAAGGUUUAACAUUGGUUGUGGAACAUGCUGUAGGAACUGGUUCCAAGUUGAACUUUCAGGAAAGAGGAGAAAUUAUAAUCAAAAGCCUGAAGGGGAUCUCCGGAUCUUACAAUGACUAUAACAUCUUAUCAUCAGAGGAGUUUAAAAAUUCAAUCAAGGAUGCUUCAUAUCAAGGCAAUUUUUAUCACAUCCGAAUUGCAGUGGAACCAUUAGAAACUGAAGAAUCUGGAAAUAAAUUGUAUAUAUCAACUUUUAUCAAAGCUUGUUCAUUGCUGAAGUCGAAUUUCUCGGAUAUAAUUAAAUUAAAUGUUGACCAUACAGGUCAAAUUUUUGCCGUCAGCUUGUCAACAACGACUGCUGACUGUAGUGGAAUUAACGAUGAAGAGAUUGACUUACCUGACAGAGAUCAGUUUAAUACAACGGUGCUAUUGUCACAUAUUACACCAGGACCUGUUCCAGAAACUCAAACUUAUAUCAAGAAGUUGGAGGAUGAGAGACGUGAGAAAGAAAGAGGGAAAGGAAAAGACAACAGGUCUUUCUUUGCGAAAUAUUGGAUGUAUAUAGUUCCUCUGGUGAUCUUUCUUCUGCUGUCGGGUCAAGAACAACCAGGUGCUGGAGGUGCGGGUGGAGGAUCAGGCGGGGGAUCUGCUGCUAACUAACUCACAUUACUGCGGUGGAAGAAAUCCAAGAAAUAAAAACAAGGACAUUAUAUGCUUCGGUAGCAGAGGAUUUUGGAGGGAAAAUUAAAGACCUUUUCCAUGGUGACAUCAAACGUGGAAAGCCUGGUGUUACUAGAAGUUUGAUUGGCUGCAGAAAACUAACGAGCCAAACAAACUUCGUUUAACAUCAAGCUUUUCGUUGAGUAUGCGCUGUAAUUCUUUCACUGUUCGCAAUGAUGGACAAGAAAACACCGUUUUAAGACGUGGUUCUAACUCUUAAUCACGAUGUCGUGUAAUAUUGUGAUUAUAAUGUGAACUGGGCCUUCCGUUUACAUGUUAAAUAAGACAUUCUGAGCUGUGAUAUAUCACUGGAUGUCACGUAGAAUAACAGUGAGCAAGGCACUACAUUCAUUUCUUUAGAAAUUCAUUUUUUUGUUGUCAAUGAACACCAAAAUGUUACCAUAGCAGGUGUGCUGAUCAUUCACCUUGUGGAAUCGGAAAUCACGCGGUCGGAGAAGCAAAUAGUACAAGGAAUUUCCAUCGAAAAUUUCUGAACAUUCCGAUGGAAAUUUCCAUUUGCUUUUCCGACCGAAAUCUCCGAUUCCCGAAUGUGAAUGGUAAGUUGCUCCCUCUACUCUUCUAGUUUAUUAAACUAUAGGACAUUUUAAACAAUCGUGAAGACCUCUCCUGAUAAAUCAUGUUUGAAAAGCUUGUAAGAAAAACUUCAAUAAAAUUUUUUAGUGCAACGUGAACGCACCUCAUGCAGGCGGCG